CACUAGGCGGAAGUGUCGGCGUUCGAGUGGCCGAAGAGCUCCGAGGAUUUUCGGAGCUAGCCGAAGCAGCACAGACAGUUUCCGGAGAGGGCCGAGGGUCUCCGAGCGGCUAUGCGGAGGCGCAAACAUGGCGGAGGCAGGUGCCGCUGCGAGUGAGCUGAACGAGGGGCUGGCGCCUGCGGCCGAAGCACUGGUAGCGGCCCGGGAGCGGAGCAGACGCUUCUUAAGCGGCCUAGAGCUGGUGAAGCAGGGCGCCGAGGCGCGCGUGUUCCGCGGCCGCUUCCAGGGCCGCGCGGCCGUGGUGAAGUACCGCUUCCCUAAGGGCUACCGACACCCGGCGCUGGAGGCGCGGCUCGGCCGGCGACGGACAGUGCAGGAGGCCCGGGCGCUGCUCCGCUGCCGCCGCGCAGGUGAGACGGCCCGGCUUGGGGCCGUGGGGGACUCGG